AUGGGCCUCCUCGACAAGCUGUGGGACGACACCGUCGCGGGCCCGCGCCCGGACACCGGCCUUGGCCGCCUCCGCAAGCAGCCCGCGCGCCCCGCCGCCGUCAAGAUCAAUGAUCCGGCCGAGGACGCUGUGGCGUUCGUUCCGCCCUCGCCGGCUUCGGGCAGCGAGGAGACGCCGGUGAAGGUGACGCGCAGCAUCAUGAUCAAACGCCCCGCGGGGUACCCGUCGUCGCCGAGGAGCGCCGCAAGCACGCCGCCGGCCUCGCCACUAGGGACUACCCCGCCCAUCUCGCCGUUUGCCGGUGCCGGUGAGUGCCCUGCCAGAGACUCGGCAGCCCCCUUCGCGUGCGUCCAUUUAUUCCGGCAAGUGACGGCGGCCUCCUGUACUGAUUGCUCGACACCUCUUCGCGACUCCGCCCGUGUCACUUCUCACCCGAUGCCCCAGCUGGCCCUCGCACCACCCGUCCCCGUCCUCCCCAACCUCACACCAAGCCACAGAAAGAGCUUCCUCCACUGCCCUCCGCAGCUCCGCUUCUCAACUCCUCCCGUCCAAGUAGCCAUAGCUUGGCUCCGGCGCCACCAUUGGCUGGCCGCUGCCACCUCCACGCCCGGCCAGUGGGCGUGA